CUCGGCCAAAAAUGAAUUAGACACGAAGCUGGAACAAAUUAUGACGCGGGAUUUGGUUUAUUUGUGUAAAUAUAACGUGUAAUGUAUUAUUCUAGCCAAACAUUUGACUUUGGAGGCUUGUUUACAAACUCAUCAGCACUGUUGGGGACGAAUAAGAUGAAGAGGAUUUCUUGUCACUUCUUAUCAAUGCUAAAAUAUAUUUGAAGAGGAAUUACACUCUUUGCGUUUCCUUUUAUGUGAUAUUGAGAUUUUGGGUGCCUUUUUUGCACAAUUUAUACAAUAUUAUAUUUAUUAUAAGCAUUUUUUCAAGUAUAAUUAUUAUUUUAACACUAACGACCUGCGCAUGAAAUCAGAUUUUAUUUGUUUACGGGGUUGUUUUGCUUAAUUUAGAAGGAUUUCUGUUUCUGAUAAUUUGUUAUAAUUAAUUUCACCUGAAGACUUGGACUCCUCAUAUUGACGCCUUAAACAUGUACGCGGGACGAAAAAGAAGAAAACCGGUGCAAAGGACGGUGAAGCAGCCUCCAGCUGAAGGGGUGAAGUCGAACCCGUCCAAACGGCAUCGAGAUCGGUUAAACUCUGAGUUGGACCGGUUGUCUAGUCUUCUUCCAUUUCCAGAGGAGGUGACGAGCAGCUUGGACAAACUCUCCAUUCUGCGCCUGAGUGUCAGUUACCUGCGCGCCAAGAACUUCUUCUCUGUCACUCUGAAAAACCACAACUGCAAUGGUUUGUCGUCAAACAACAGUAACCACGACAACAGUAAAGCAACAGGAUUGGUUGACGGCUGUCUGCGAGAGGGAGAGCUCCUGCUACAGGCUCUUAAUGGCUUUGUGUUGGUGGUCACAGCCGAGGGGAUCAUUUUCUACUGUUCUCACACUAUUCAGGAUUACUUAGGAUUUCACCAGACGGAUGUAAUGCAUCAAAAUGUGUUUGAACUCAUUCAUACUGAGGACCAGCAGGCCUUCAGGCGCAAUUUACACUGGGCCUUGAACCCGCCGCCAGCCAGCACGCAGACAGAAGACUCAUCAGAAGAUGGAGAUCCUGCCCCAAAUAUGUCUCUUGUGUUGUGCAACCCAGACCAGCUGCCUCCCGAAAACUCUUCUUUCCUGGAAAGAAACUUUGUGUGUCGUUUCCGAUGCCUCCUAGACAAUUCCUCAGGAUUCCUGGCUUUGAAUUUUCAAGGACGUCUGAAAUUCCUGCAUGGGCAAAACAGGCGAUUGGAUGAUGGAGGCCAAAUGCCACCCCAGCUUGCCCUGUUUGCCAUUGCGACGCCCCUACAGCCUCCUUCCAUAAUGGAGAUUCGAACCAAGAACAUGAUAUUCAGAACCAAACACAAGUUGGAUUUCACCCCAAUGGCCUGCGAUGCAAAGGGUAAAAUAGUUCUUGGCUACACAGAGGCGGAACUGCGAGUUCGAGGUUCAGGGUACCAGUUCAUCCAUGCAGCUGAUAUGCUCUACUGUGCUGAGAACCAUGUCAGGAUGAUCAAGACUGGAGAGAGUGGUCUGACUGUUUUUAGACUGCUUACAAAGGACAACCGUUGGAAAUGGGUACAAGCUAAUGCUAGACUUGUCUACAAAAAUGGCAAGCCUGACUACAUCAUUGCCACCCAGAGGCCACUUGUAGAAGAAGAGGGUGGAGAGCACUUGAGGAAACGAUCUAUGCAUCUUCCAUUCACCUUUGCUACUGGAGAAGCUCUGCUGUACCAAAUCAACUACCCCAUGUUGGGCUUCCCCGACACCCUUCAGGACAAAGGCAAGAACAACAAAACCAAAAAGAGCAAGGUGAACAAAAGCUCAAAGGACGAUCUGGAUCCAAGUUCCUUACUGGGAGCCAUGAUGAGACAGGACGAGUCUGUUUAUGUUUGCCAGCCAGCUAUGGAGCCUAGAAUGUCAUUCCACAGUAGCCUCUUUGGUGAGCAAGGAGAGACUAGCACUUUCUCUUCUUCUGCUGAGAAUGAAAGUUGGAAUCCAGUGCAGAAUGGUGUAACUACAGCCUCCAAACAGGAGACGUCGAGUUUUGACCCACUUUUGGCAACAUUAGACUCUCUUUCUUUGGAAAAUGAGGAGAGCUGCUCCAACAGUGAGUUAUUCAGUGCCCUUGAAAAUCUUGGACUCAAUGCAGAGGACCUUGAGUUGCUGCUUCUAGAUGAAAGGAUGAUCCAGGUAGAAGUGGAACCGGACUUUAUCCCAUCUCUCAAUGAUCUUCUCACAAACAACGAAAUCCUCUCCUACGUCCAUGAUUCACUGGAGAACCAGACUGAGGACCCAGCAGAGUCUCAAAAGCCUUCAACUGCAUUAGAUUCUGUUGAAAACUCUAAGCCAGAGUCUGAUUCACCUCCUCAAGUAACUUCAUCCGUACCUGCUCCUUUCUGGCCACAAAAACAGAUACCACCCAUACUUCAUCUAUCACAGCGCAUGCAACAACAUCUUAAUGGCCAGUCGGUUUGCCACAAAACUGAGAACUGGAUCCAUACACCAUUGUCUCAAGUGCCUACAACAGAAUCUGAGACAGCUAACUUUAACCAGCAUGAUACUACUUUGGUGAACUCUGUACCAGUUGUACACAAUGGACACUGGGUCCCUGAACAUACGCAAGUCAAUUUAAACUCUCAACUUAGUGAUAAGAUAACAGGAACUAGUAAGGCACAGCCACAGCAAUGGCAGCAAAACCAGUUGCCUGUCCCAUUCCAGUGUAAGCCGAAAACAAUUGAGGGUGGAGAUACCCUUGCAAAUGGGAUCUACAGUAAUCCUCAGUGGCAUGGAUACAACUUUGCAGAACAGCUGGUCACAAAUGGACCUUGUUUUCCCAAUGGUCAGAUGGCACACACUCAGACAAUGGGUACCCAUAUUAUUGAUUACAACAUGACUGACAAUUCAGGGGUGGAGUUUACAAUGAACAGCAGUUCAUCUGGGAACCUAGGGCAGUUUCAGGGAGCUAUGGCAUCAUCUUCGUCCUAUCAGCAGGGUUAUCAGAAACAGCAGCAGCAGCCAAAGGUCACACCCACUUAUUACGCCUCCUAUACCAAACAGAACUCCUCUCUGGAGCAUAUCCUAGGAUUAGCCCCACCUUCAAACCUCCCCUCGCUGACGGAUUAUGGCUCUGAGUUGACCCAUGACAUGACCCACAGUAAGAUGGAGACCGGUUUUCUUCUGAACUCCACUAGCGUGACCUACAACGGAAGUUGUUUGGUUCCCAAUGGCAACACAGUGGCCGCACCUGUCAACAGUCCCCACCCACUUCCUGAGCCACACCCACAUCCUCCAGACCCUCAAACCACUGGUUUCUACCUCUGAACAUAGUAAAGAUCCAUCCGAAGAGAUGCCAUCCAUCACGGGAAGACUGUCAAGCAUAAAUUAUGGUUUGUUUUUGUUUUUUAGUUUGUUUUCUUUUUUCUUAUCAAUUUGAAUGGGUUUUAAUUUCAAUUAAAUCGACACAGAUUGAUCUCUGGAAUAUUUAACCAAUUGAAGUCGUUGAAUACUGCACCCGGCAUAAUGUGAGCACUCUCGUUAAUAUUACUUGCCAUUAUGUUACGAAAUUUCUAAAGUUGGAAGAUGCAGUCGAUCACAAUUUGCGUUGGUCCGUCCAUAACAGGUGUGUGUUGGGAAAUGUUUGUGUAUAUGUACGUGUGUAUGUUUGUGUGUGUGUGUGCGUGUGUGUGUGUGUGUGUGUGUGAGACAAUUCGUUGGAAAUCGUUUGUGAAAUACAAGUAGUACAAAUUUGUGCUAAUUGUUCGGAAAGCUAAAUGACGUAAAUAACGUCAUGCGCAACAUAUAGAACUGAUUGUCCUGAAACGCAGUAAAUGAUGUUUAUAUGAACAGAAGAUUGGAUUGCAUAUUUAUUUAUGGGAAAAUGCAAGGUCGCUACCUUCUUUUUACCAACAGUUUAAAGAAAACUGUGCGAGAUGUCAGUAAUAACACAGAUUGCAGUAUAAAAAAAUUCUGUAGAUGUCGCUUGUAGAUCUGAACCCUUCUCGCUAUUGCAUUUUGUGAGAUUAGAUUUUGUAAAGCUGAUUCUAGAUCAGCUUUACAAAUCAAC